CUCAUAUCAAAUUAAAACACACACCAGGACUGACGAGAGAGAAUUAUCAGCUUCUUCAAAAGUUUCCCAACAUCUGAAGGUGAAACGUGUCGACCCCGAAGCGAGUUCAGCAGGUGUGUUAUGGAUCAGUGUGAGGAUGGAGGGAAGGCAGUUCAUCCCUAUGAAUUCACUCUGUGUGGGGAAUAUUUGGGCAAAAAUCAGAGCCCAGAGGAGCAGAGACCAGAACCUGAGUAUGGACCAGAGUCAAGCUGUGUGUCCCUUAGAAGCCACUGGUCAAUGGAUCGGCCUGUUAAUAUGAAAGACAGACAAGAUGAGGAUCAGAAGGUCCAGAUGACGGAGUCACCCAGACGUGGAUCCAAAAAACCUGGAGCCAUUAGGAGUUUUUACAAGAAAUUGCAAGAUAAGCGCUUUCCAAAACUACAGAAAGGUGACUCAGAGACUCCCAGUGGUCAGGUUUCCCAUCAAGAUGAAAUGGACUUGGACUCCAUAUUUAUGCUGCUUGAGGAGAACAUUCUCACAUUUGUGAAGAACGAGCUAAAGAAGAUGAAAAAGAUAUUGAGUCCACAUCACCCAGAAAGUUUCAAGAAUCGGGAGAAUGAGGAGAUGUUCACCAAUGAGAAUGAAGAGCAGAGGAGGAGGAACAGUGAUUUAUUUCUAAAGAUCACAGUGGACUUCUUGAUGAAAAUGAAGCAGGAGAACCUGGCUGAUCAACUGCAGAGCAGAACUUGUGCUGCAGAAAGCAAAAGAAAUCUCCAGUCAAACCUGAAGAAGAGGUUCCAGUGUGUGUUUGAGGGGAUCGCUAAAGCAGGAAACCCAACCCUUCUGAACCAGAUCUACACAGAGCUCUACAUCACAGAGGGAGAGACUGCAGAGGUCAAUGAGGAACAUGAGGUCAGACAGAUUGAAACAGCAUCCAGGAAACCACACAGACCAGAAACAAGCAUCAGACAUGAAGACAUCUUCAAACUCCCACCUGGAAGAGAUGAACCAAUCAGAACAGUGAUGACGAAGGGAGUGGCUGGCAUUGGGAAAACUGUCUUAACACAGAAGUUCACUCUGGACUGGGCUGAAGACAAAGCCAACCAGGACAUCCAGUUCACAUUUCCACUGACUUUCAGAGAGCUGAACGUGCUGAAAGAGAAGAAGUUCAGCUUGGUGGAACUUGUUCAUCACUUCUUUACUGAAACCAAAGAAGUCUGCAGCUUUGAAGAGUUCCAGGUUGUCUUCAUCUUUGAUGGUCUGGAUGAGAGUCGACUUCCUCUGGACUUCCACAACAAUGAGACCCUGACUGAUGUUACACAGUCCACCUCUCUGGAUGUGCUGCUGACUAACCUCAUCAGGGGGAAACUGCUUCCCUCUGCUCGCCUCUGGAUAACCACACGACCUGCAGCAGCCAAUCAGAUCCCACCUGACUGUGUUGGCAUGGUGACAGAGGUCAGAGGGUUCACUGAUCCACAGAAGGAGGAGUACUUCAGGAAGAGGUUCACAGAUAAGAAACAGGCCAGCAGGAUCAUCUCCCACAUGAAGACAUCACGAAGCCUCCACAUCAUGUGCCACAUCCCAGUCUUCUGCUGGAUCACUGCUACAGUUCUGGAGGAUGUGCUGGAAACCAGAGAGGGAGGAGAGCUGCCCAAGACCCUGACUGAGAUGUACAUCCACUUCCUGGUGGUUGAGGCCAAAGUGAAGAAGCUCAAGUAUGAUGGAGGAGCUGAGACAGAUCCACACUGGAGUCCAGAGAGCAGGAAGAUGAUUGAGUCUCUGGGAAAACUGGCUUUUGAGCAGCUGCAGAAAGGAAACCUGAUCUUCUAUGAAUCAGACCUGACAGAGUGUGGCAUCGAUAUCACAGCAGCCUCAGUUUACUCAGGAGUGUUCACACAGAUCUUCAAAGAGGAGAGAGGCCUGUACCAGGAGAAGGUGUUCAGCUUCAUCCAUCUGAGUGUUCAGGAGUUUCUGGCUGCUCUUCACGUCCAUCUGACCUUCAUCAGCUCUGGAGACAACUUGAUGGUGGAACAAGAAACAACACCCAGGAGGUCAAUCAUCAUAAAUAAAGACAACAUUCAAACAUUCAAAUGGAUCCUUGAAAUAAAACAAAAAUUAAAACAUCUCCACCAGAGUGCUGUGGACCAGGCCUUACAGAGUCCAAAUGGACACCUGGACUUGCUCCUCCGCUUCCUCCUGGGUCUUUCUCUGCAGACCAACCAGAGUCUCCUACGAGGUCUGAUGACACAGAUGGGAAGUAGCUCACAGACCAGUCAGGAAGCAGUCCAGUACAUCAAGACUAAGAUCAGUGAGAAUGUGUCUGCAGAGAGGAGCAUCAAUCUGUUCCACUGUCUGAAUGAACUGAAUGAUCGUUCUCUGGUGGAGGAGAUCCAACAGUAUCUGAGAUCAGGACGUUUGUCCACAGAUAAUCUUUCUCCUGCUCAGUGGUCAGCUCUGGUCUUCAUCUUACUGUCAUCAGAAGAAGAUCUGGAUGUAUUUGACUUGAAGAAAUACUCUGCUUCAGAGGAGGCUCUGCUCAAGCUUCUGCCAGUGGUCAAAGUCUCCAAGAAAGCUCUUCUGAGUGGCUGUAACCUUUCAGAGAGAAGCUGUGAAGCUCUGUCCUCAGUUCUCAGCUCCCCAUCCUCCAAUCUGAGAGAACUGGACCUCAAUAACAACAACCUGAAGGAUUCAGGGGUGAAGCAGCUGUCUGAUGGACUGAAGAGUCGACAUUGUAAACUUAAAGCUAUCAGGCUGAGAGGCUGUAAUCUCUCAGAGAGAAGCUGUGAAACUCUGUCAUCAGUCUACAGCUCCCAGUCCUCCUUUCUCACAGACCUGGACCUGAGUGACAAUAACUUGCAGGAUUCAGGAGUGGAGUAUCUAUCUGAUGGACUGAAGAGUCUGCACUGGAAACUGGAAAGUCUCAGGUUGUCAGGUUGUCUGGUCACAAAGAAAGGCUGUGCAUCUUUGAAAUCAGCACUCACCUCCAACCCUUCCAGUCUGAGAGAGCUGGACCUGAGCUACAACCAUCCAGAAGUAUCGGGAGAGAAGCUUCUUUCUGACAAAGUGAAGGAUCCGCGCUGGAGACUGGACACUCUCUGGAUGGACCAUGGUGGAAAACAGAGGUUAGAACCUGGUCUAAAAAAGUACGCAUGUGAACUCACACUGGACCCAAACACUGCAAAUGAAUACCUUAAACUGUCUGACAAAAAAAAGGUGAUGCUGGUGCAAGAGAAUCAGUCAUAUCCACAUCAUCCAGACAGAUUUGACUUCUGGCAGCUGCUGUGUAAAAAUGAUCUUGAGGGCCGCUGUUACUGGGAAGUCGAGUGUAACGGAAAGGCUCAUGUAGCAGUGACUUACAGAGAAAUAAAAAGGAAUGGAGACAAAAAUGCCUGUGGAUUUGGGAUGAAUGAUCUCUCCUGGUGUUUGUAUUGCUUCAGGGAUCAUUACUCUGUCUGGCACAACCGAAGAGAGGAAAAGUGUCAUUUUCCUCCGUCCUCCUUCGACUCUAACAGAGUGGCAGUGUAUGUGGACUGUGAUGCUGGCAUUCUGUCCUUCUACAGAGUCUCCUCUGACACACUGGUCCACCUUCACACCUUCAACACCACAUUCACUCACCCUCUAUGUGCAGGGUUUGGGUUUGGGCGUGGAGCCCUCUCUGGUUCUUCAGUGUCUCUGUGUUCUCUGUGAUUGGACGGCCUUAUUUUGUGCUGAGAAACACAGAUUAUUACCAUGAAAUCUCCUUGAAUGACUUUAUCCUGUACAGUAACCUGUAGUGUUUCUCCUGCGCUCUCAUACUAACUAUUGAUUUAUUUUCUGAUUGAAUACUCUGUUGAUACCUUGUGCUGAACCGAAGAAAAUGUUUCAUACUCCACUGGUCAGUCUUGAUGUUCAAACUCUGUCACAUUUAUAAUCUUUGUUGUCCUCGGCUGGUUUUUACCAUGUUACUGUUUACGAUGUACAUUUGGAGGAAGAUGAUUUCUUACCAUCGAAACUUUCAUUUGACUCCAAAUCUUGUUUUAGUGUUAAUUAACACUGUUUAAGAAUAGAUUUAUUUCAGACCAAACUGUGAUGCAAACCUGAAAUGAUGGAACAAGCAUGCAUAUAUUGUUUUGAUAUUGUAUAGAUAAUAUACUCUGAACAAAUGUAAAAGUAACCCAAUUUUGGCAGAAAUAUUGAGACCCAUCCUGUGUGCAACAAGUUCUAGAUUGCUGUUUUAAUCCACUCACACCUUUGGCAGAAUCUGGGCUGAUGUGAUAGACAGUCCUCUCAUGCACCAACAUCUAUUUGUAGAAUCCAUUCAAAGAUGCAUUACAUUCACUUUGUCUGGAUGUGCUGUGCAUUUGGUUUUGUCUUAAACUUUUCAGCAGUCUGAAAAUGGUUGCUAUCUACACAGAGCAAAGAACAAAUUACUUAUAUAUUUAAAAAAUGCUUGUAGCCAAAUGGGUAUAACGAUUUAUAUGGAGCGGAUUUUCAAAUGAAUGACUGUGUACAUUUAAAAAUUUGUAUGAUUUUAACUACAUGAUAAACUGACACUAAACUGCAGGAUCCCUGAUAAUCUCUCAUCAUCCAAGAAGUUCUCUUUAACAAUGCUUUUCCGCCUUA